AUGGUGCUUAACCGAAGCUACUGCGGCCGGAACGCCCCGCGAUGGCUGCCGCUGUUGCUCGACAUUGUUUUGGCGACCCUAUCCUUGCUGCUGGACGUGCGCGAUCUGUGGUUCAAGCUGCAAUGGAUUGGUCCCCUCGACACCUUUUCGUUCUCGACAGUAUAUAUAAAAUCUCUGCCUGCGUCGAACGCUGUUCCAUUGCAAUCGACGGCGUCAUUUUCGUAUGCGAACCAAAAGUUGCAGCGAGACUCAGGCUGGAGCUCUUUCCUGGAAAAAUGUGAGUCGCUGUUGCCCUUACUAGAAGAAGACAACACGCGUGGAUUUCGCCAUGCAGUCGGAAAGAACUGCCAGAUCGGGUCCAGCACCAGCACUGCUCGAGCCAUUGAGGUUUUCCUCACAAGCAGUAUCCGCGUUGAUUCCAUGACAUGGGCAGCAUGUGAGCUACUGUACAAACACCGCAAACCGCCCAUCUGCUAUUCCCCGAUUGUCACCCAUGAUGCGGAGACAGAGCUGAUUGAGCUGCUUGAAGUGAUCAGCCAAAGCACGCCGAUAUCUGCGACGGUAUGUGUGGAAGGAUUCAUCAUCAAAGGACCAGGAAUGUACUCUACGCUGAUAUAUGGAUGUGGAAGUCCCAGCUUCUAUCGAAGCGUUCUGUUUGCAAGCUCUACCUCCAAGGCCUCACAGUUUCUGCGAGACAAGGCGUGGCUGACGUCGGACAGUCUGGGAUUUAUGGGAAUGACUCUCUUCAUACGUGAAAACCACCGCACUAUAUUCAUACUGCACGGCGCAACUAAAAGCAACGGCGACAGGAUACUGGAGCAUCGAUCAAUGCGCAAUAUAUCUGCAUCUGGUUCUCUAUACAUUAGUAUGAUUAUGGCAGAUCUUGCUUUACUGGCAUUUUCCAUUCGCAGCGUGGUCGAGAUCUCUCGAUAUAUGAUGUGGGCUUUGUGGAAGCCACUAGUCGCCUCCGAGUAUCAGAUUUCUUCCGCACAGACGACAAGAAUGGGCUUUGGGGUCGAAGAUUAUACACGAUGA